AUGUCUGCUGGAGGCCCAGGUGACGCUCCUCCGAACCCCAGCCAAGGAAGACACAAACCCGGCGUUCCUCGAGGGUCUGGUUCACUUGGCCGCAGACUGGCCCUCGGCGGUCUUACGCUUGGAUUGGUGUACGCAGUAUGGCCAAAGAGUUCACCACAGCCGGGCGGAACUCCUUCGAACGCUUUCAAGACGCAAGGGGUCCGAAACGUAGAGAAUGCCUACGAAAACGCAGGUGCCACAGCCACAGGUACCAAGGCAUAUGGAGGCACAAUUCAGGGAAAGAAGGAAUCCGGAGCGUAUCGGGAGGGUGGGAGCACGGGCAACCCAAAAGGAUAUGAUCAGGAGGGCAUUGGAGAAGAUCAACGUCCCAGUUCUCCCACAAAAAUCGGCGAAUCAUUCAAUGAGUUCAAAUACGGAUCUCCCAAGGGCAAAUGA